CGCUGUUUGUCAUCUCGGACAUAGUCGUGUCACUCCUUCCCAAGUAAAAGUUGGCUUGCUGGCUGCACACACGCUCGCUGCUCUCUCGGUCAACAUGUCGUCCUCUCUGGCUCGUAUUCUGUCGCGGCGUAUACACGUCUCCGCUCGGAGGAAUGCGCUCUCCAAGUUCGCAAUGCCUGCUAUGAGUCCGACGAUGACUGAGGGCGGCAUUGCGUCUUGGAAAAAGAAGGAGGGAGAGUCUUUUGCGGCAGGCGACGUCCUUCUCGAGAUUGAAACCGAUAAAGCCACAAUUGAUGUCGAGGCGCAGGACGAUGGUAUCGUCGCCAAAAUCAUCGCCCAGGAUGGGGCCAAAAACAUCGCCGUCGGUACCCCGAUCGCAAUUGUUGCUGAAGAAGGCGAUGACUUGUCUGGUGCGGAGGCGCUGGCUGCAGAGGCCGCUUCAGCUCCUUCUUCACAGCCCAAGAAGGAAGAGGCCGCCCCCCCUCCGCCGCCGAAGCAGGAGGAGUCGAAUCCGGCACCACCGAAGGAAUCCCCUCCCGCUGAGACCAAGUCCGAACUUCCUGCCGGUGACCGGAUAUUCGCGUCCCCAAUCGCGAAGAAGAUUGCUCUCGAACGUGGGGUUCCCUUAUCCAAGGUCAAGGGUUCUGGUCCUAACGGCAGGAUUCUCCGCGAGGAUGUUGAGAAAUACCAGCCGAGCGCAGGUGCAGCUGCCACUACUGCAACUCCUCAACCUUCCGCUGCUCUGCCGGAGUACACGGACGUUCCCAUCAGCAGCAUGCGUCGUACUAUAGGGACCCGUCUGACCCAGUCGAAGCAAGAACUCCCUCACUACUACCUCACGGUCGACAUCAACAUGGACAAGGUCUUGAAGUUACGGGAAGUAUUUAACAAGACUUUGUCUGAGAAGGACAAGGCCGCGAAGUUGAGCGUCAACGACUUCAUCCUCAAGGCCGUGGCUUGUGCAUUGUCCGAUGUCCCGGAGGCUAACUCGGCCUGGUUGGGAGAGGUCAUCCGACAGUACAAGAAGGCUGACAUUUCCGUGGCCGUAGCUACGCCAACUGGAUUGAUCACGCCUAUAAUCAAGGACGUCGGUUCGAAAGGUCUGGCUACUAUCUCGUCGGAGGCGAAGUCUUUGGCGAAGAAGGCCCGUGAUGGCAAGUUGCAACCUCAAGAGUAUCAGGGCGGCACCUUCACGGUAUCCAACUUGGGAAUGUACGACAUCAGCCAUUUCACGGCUAUCAUCAACCCUCCCCAGUCGUGCAUCCUUGCGAUUGGCUCGACUUCCCCGACUCUGGUGCCCGCACCUGAGGAGGAGCGCGGUUUCAAGACUGUCAACAUCAUGAAGGUGACAUUGAGCUCGGAUCACCGGACGGUGGAUGGGGCUGUGGGCGCGCGCUGGUUGUCCGCCUUUAAGGGUUACCUCGAGAACCCGCUCACGUUCAUGCUUUGAGCGGGUUUUGACCAUGUUUUGAAAAGUUUUUGUUAGGUUAUAUGUAUGGUCAUAGACGUAAUUCGCCGUAUAUCUUUUGCAUUUAUGCGCAGCUUCGUGGUAUUUAGUUGAGGAGGAUACAUUCGGAGGCCAGAUACAUAUCGCUGCGAAUGAGAUGGACAAUGCGUUUGUGCACCACUCCAUCGUAGAUUUAGAGUUCGUCCAUGUCAAUUGCAUGUCAGAUAAUUCUAAAAGAUAUGCCGAC